AUUUCGUCGGCCUCAUCUAGCUCCAUUUCGGCUCUCCGUAGAGUAGACUUACGCUGCUCUUACCGGGACACGGUGAAAUUGACAUCAAGGUAAACUUCGGCGGAUCUUACCUGCACUUUCAUUCUUGUCAUCGCCCUCGAGUUUAGGCCGUAGUACAUCGAUGAGCUGCUUGUAGUCCUGCUCGUAAGAGUCGAAUAGUGAGGUCGGUGAGUUAUCCAUGAUGGAAGAGCGGAGGCAAGCUGCGGGGGCAAUCAAUUCAUGACGCGUGUCCUUUUUCGGCAUUUGUCUCUCAACGGUCAUGGUCAACUCAGCAGGAUCUCUGUACUUGGACCCCCAGAUACGGGAUUGGGUCCUGUUUCCCAUUACUCUAGUCAUGAUCCUAGUGGGCAUCCUACGGCAUUAUGUAGUGCUGCUCCUCCAGUCUCCACCCAAAAAGCUUACUCGCGCUGCGGUCCGGGAACAACGAGCCGUAGCUCGCUCUCAAAUCCUUCGUGCCACAUCAGCGUAUUCGCCAAUACCACCCGUAUUUUAUCAGUCCAUUUCUAAACAUCUUUCGGAUGCGUUCGAGGCGGGUGUAUACCUCAAGGAUGGGCCUACGAAAGAGGGCGAAGCGCCCAGUUCACCUCCGAACCCGAUAACCGACCCUGCUGCCAUGGAUGGCAUGAUGGCUGGCAUGAAGACGCAGAUGGUUAUGAUGGUUCCGCAGAUGGUGAUAAUGGGAUGGAUCAACUUUUUCUUCCAAGGUUUUGUUCUCAUCAAGUUACCUUUUCCUCUGACCCUUGGGUUCAAAUCGAUGCUUCAACGAGGCAUAGAAACUCCCGACAUGGACGUUCGAUGGGUGUCUUCAUUGUCGUGGUACUUUUUGAACUUUUUUGGACUGAAUGGACUUUACCGAAUUCUACUUGGUGGCGACAAUGCGGCUGCUCAAGAUGCUUCUCAAACUAUGAUGGCUUCUCCCUUUGCCGCGGCAGGUGUUGGUCAGCCAGGCCAGCCACAAGAUUUUAACAAACUGUUCAAAGCAGAAAAAGAUAAUCUUGCAUUCUCGAGUGGUCUAUAUGCGUGGGUAGGGGACGAUGUAGAAGAUAGAGUACUCAGAAAGUACGGAAAACUUUGAAUUUAUCUUUAUUUCUUUCUCAGGGCGUUGCCGGAUUUGCCGAAGCACCUUGGUCCGGCCGGGCACAUGCGUGCAACCUAGCUUCAGGCCUGCAAGUUACCCUUUUGAAAGCCGAAGAAUGGUUGAAUUCUGAGCCUCACAUGGCACGGGCUACCGGAAU